UAUACGCCCCCGACCAAGGGCAUCCUCUCGAAGCUGCCCUCCUCAUGGGUUCCCUACGCCCAGCUCUCGCGCAUCGAGAAGCCCGGCGGCCUGUACGGCUUUUACAUGGCCUACGUGAUCGGGCUCGGCUACGGCGCCUGCCUGCUCACCCCAGCGGUCGCCCCGUCCAGCCUGGCGUCGACGGCCGCCAUCCUGCUCGUCUACAACGUCUUCCUCCGCGGUGCGGCCUGCACCGUCAACGACAUCCUCGACCGCGAGUACGACAGGCGCGUCGCCCGCUGCCGCCAUAGGCCUGUCGCCCGUGGCGCCGUCACGCCCGCCCAGGGCUACAUCUGGUAUGCGGCCCAGACUGUCGGCGCCGGCGCCGCCAUCGCUUGUCUGCCAAACCCGUUGCUCGCGCUUGGCUACGCAGUUCCCAUUCAGCUGGUGGUCAGCCUGUAUCCCUUAUGCAAGCGCUUCACAGACUUCCCCCAACUGGUUCUGAGCGCCCCGAUUGCCGGAGGUGUCCUGAUGGCCGCGGCCUCGGUGGGCCUGGACCCAUUCGACAUGUCCUCGCUGGCUAUCGCAGGGGCCACUGCCUCGCUGACACUGUCGCACUACAUUUGGACCACCAUUUUCGACUAUGUCAACGCCUGCCAGGACACGCCCGACGACGUCAAGGCCGGCGUUCGCAGCAUGGCCGUCCGGUACCACAAUACGACGGCCUUCAUCUCCACGCUCGGGGCUGCGCAGGUUGCGUGCCUGGCUGUCACGGGCGUCCUGGGCGGAUUCUCCCCCAUCUAUUGGGUCGGCGCCGUCGGUGGGAAUGCCAUGUGGCUGACUAUCAUGGCUAGAACGGUAAAACGGUCGAGGCCGGACGUGUGUGGGUGGUGGUUUGCCUGGGGCGGUCUGAUCGUCAGCGGCACCACGGGCGCUGCACUGUUUGCAGAAUAC